GAGCUGAGAUACAAUAGCACUUAGUGUACAAGUCCAUUUCACACCAUUUUUCACUGGAUGACAAGGACGACAGAGGCCAGCAUGUUUCCAGAGGACGCCCCUGAAGGUAAAACUACACGGCGGCGCCUCUCCUCCAGUCCACCUUCGAUUGAAAAGAGCAAGCAUGAGGCUGGACUUUGAGUCGUGUAAACAUGAGACAACCUGAGAAGUUGUUGUACAUCCUACCAACAAGACACGUCACGGACUAAUGGGUCUUCUCCUGCUGGGCCUGAGCUUGAUUCUCCGCUACUGGAUCACCACCGUGGAAGGUUCAUGUUCAGAUGGAAACGCUGUGAGUUGUGAUGAAUGUCUUCAACUUGGUCCAUACUGUGCCUGGUGCACACAGGAGAAUUUUACAAACUGGCUGUCAGUCAAUGAAAGAUGUGACACAAUUGACAACCUCUUAGAAAAAGGUUGUGCUAGUAGUCUGUUGGAGUUCCCUAUUUCCAAAGCCCAAAUUCUUCAGGAUCAACCACUUGGAAAGAAGACUUCCAACAUGAACCGAACUCAGAUCUCCCCACAGAAAAUGGCACUGAAGCUACGACCAGGCAGUCAGGUGACUUUUCAGGUGAAAGUCCAGCACACUGAAGACUACCCUGUGGAUCUCUACUACUUGAUGGACUUGUCAGCAUCCAUGAUUGAUGAUCUGAACACGAUCAAGGACCUUGGCUCCACGCUGUCUAAGGAGAUGGCGAGCCUCACCAGUAAAUUUCGUAUGGGCUUUGGUUCUUUUGUGGAGAAACCCGUCCUGCCAUUUAUCAAGGUGACAGAAGAAGAGCUUGCCAACCCUUGCAGCAGCGCCGGCGAGACCUGCAUGCCGACGUUUGGCUACAAACACGUCUUGUCUCUGACGAGCAACACUGACAAGUUCAACGAGAUGGUCUCCAUGCAGCACGUGUCUGCUAACGUUGAUGUUCCAGAGUGCGGCUUUGAUGCUGUCAUGCAGGCAGCGGUUUGCGGGGACAAGAUAGGUUGGAGGAAUGAUUCCAUGCGCCUGCUGGUGUUUGUCAGUGAUGCUGACUCACACUUUGGGAUGGACAGCAAAAUGGCUGGAAUUGUCAUUCCCAACGACUGCCAGUGUCACCUGGACACCAACAAUGAAUACUCCAUGUCCACAGAGCAGGAGUAUCCAACUCUAGGCCAGAUCAUUGACAAAGUGGUGGAAAACAAUAUCUUAUUGGUUUUUGCUGUGACAGAAAAGCAGAAGCUAAACUAUGAGAACUACGCAAGUCUCAUACCUGGCGCCACUGUUGGAGUCGUAGCCACAGAUUCUCGCAACAUCCUGGAAUUGAUUUUAACAGCAUACAAAGAACUGCGAUCAGAGAUUGAACUGGAGGUCCUUGGAGAUACAGAAGAGCUCAAGAUGUCCUUCACUGCCGUUUGUCCGGAUGGGACCGUCUUCCCAGAUGUGAAACGCUGUUCCCAUGUCAAACCUGGAGAGACGGUGGUGUUCAGGGUGUCGGUUGAGCAUCCAGGAUGCCUCUCUGGAAGUAGACACUUCUCCUUAAAGCCAGUGGGCCUGCAGGACACUUUGGACAUUGAAUUAGAGUCCCAGUGCUCCUGUGAGUGCCUGCAGCCUCCCGAAGCCAACGGCAGCCAGUGCACUGAGGGUCAGGGGACUUUCCAAUGUGGCGUUUGCGCGUGUCAACCAGGCUUUUCAGGAGCCGAGUGUGAAUGCAAUGAAGAAAACGCAGUGUUGAGUAACUGCGUUGCAAACAAUGACACUGAUAUCUGCAGCGGACAGGGGCAAUGCUACUGCGGAGAGUGUGUGUGUGACGCAUCCAGCUUUGGUCACAUCUACGGGUCUUACUGCGAAUGUGACAAUUACUCAUGUGUUCGCUUCCGUGGGGAACUUUGCGGAGGCCACGGAGAAUGUGUCUGUGGAGAGUGUCAGUGCCAAAGUGGCUGGGUAGGGGAGUACUGUAACUGCAGUAGCAGCAGUGAGGCAUGCAUGUCCGAGGAUGGAGUCCUGUGCAGUGGCAGAGGCAAGUGUGAGUGUGGCCACUGUGUCUGCUUGGUACCAGGAGCAUCAGGAGAUAUGUGUGAGAAGUGCCCGACAUGUGGAGAUGCCUGUUCCAUUGCAAGGACAUGUGUCGAGUGCCAUCUCCAGGCAAAGGAGGAUGCUAAGCUGUGUGAAAAAAAUUGCAGCCUCCCUAAAAUUUACAUCAACAGAACAACAGGAGAAGACAAGAGCUCCUCUAUGCAAUGCACACUGAUGUCUGAAAAUGAGUGCUGGAUCUCGUUUAGCGUGGUCGCAAGCGACACAACAACUGUCUACAAUCUGCGCAUGUACGGUUGUCCUGAACCGCCCAACAUCCCCAUGAUCAUCCUGGGGGUCUCACUCUCCAUUGUGUGUAUUGGGCUGAUCCUGCUGGCAGUUUGGAAAGUGCUGGUGUCAGUUCACGACCGUAAAGAGGUGGCCAAGUUUGAGGCUGAGAGAGCAAAGGCAAAAUGGCAGUCGGGGACCAACCCACUGUUCAAAAGCUCAACAUCUACUUUUAAAAAUGUUACAUAUAAGAGCAGAGAGCGGGACAAGAUAAUAACAAUGGAUCACUACUGAUUAUUAGCUGUAGGCAAUGCCAUCCAGCAUCUGAGUGCACUUAACGUUUGUAUGUGUGUGUUGUGCCUAUGCGUUUGGGUGUGAAUGUGUUCUGUGGGAAACAGAUAUUUUAAAACACAUCUUGACAAACCUACGUGCAGACGAGACUCUGUGAAAUAGGCCUACAUUUGCUGCUGUUUAAGUGCAGUUUGCCUGCAGCUGCACACACGGAUCUCUGCUGCUGCAUGAACCUACAAGCUUCCAAGAUGCAGCUGCGGGAAGAGAACACUAAAAUAUUUGAGUGAUCGACUACUGAAACAAAAUGUUCUUGUGUCCAGCCAAUGAAUGUAAAUGUUAUGUCUAUGGUUAUGUUUUUGUUUUUAUUGUAAAGUAAGGCUGAGCCUUCAAUGCUGAUAAUCAAAUGUAAUGAUGUGGCACAAUAAAUAUGACUACCCAGUC